ACUUGAUGGGAAACAUAUUUGAGUCAAACUGCUUGUUGUUUGCACUGCAACAACCACUGCUAGAACAUGUGCCAUCAGUUGCUAUCACAGGAUGAUCCGGCAUGCAUUCUGGAGAACAAGUGGUGUCUGCAGGUUCUCCGCGAGGAGGAUGCCAUUGAAGAUACACAGUGAUUCCACACCCCAUAACAACGAUUUCAUUCUGCUUCCUAACACCCUAUAUAGGCUGUUGUCGAGGGGGACUGACCAGUUCAUAUGGAUGAAACCGUCGAGCCACUCAUCCCGCGCCAAGGUGAGGAUCCCACUGUCAAUGCACAGUGUGCUGUCUUGCGCUGAUAUUUCAAGCACUUCGACUCCGGAACUGUUCAUGAAGAGCUUUGGGGGAUGAUAUGUCUCGUUGCAGGCAAGCUUGAAGCCCUCACGGUGGCACCCGGCACUGACGCCGAAUGGGCAAGGUAUACUUAUAUUGCCGCAUCUGCUUGUGCAGUUGGGCGAUGCAGCGUUGGCCGAGACUAGCACUAACGCGGUGGCUAGAAGCUGCAGAAGAUGUAGCAGGGCUGCUAUACCCGCCAUACUCAUUUGUGUGAUGCGGCUGUAUGCAGCUCAGCCACACGGAAGUGCUAACUAGCCCUUUUUUGGUGUGUAUAUAUAGCCAUUGUAGUGUGAAAGUGCAAGCUCUUCUCUGUGUUAUGUGUCACUUAUAUGCAGAAUACACAGAGCUUAUCAUACGGCGGUAACAAAUAAAAAGAUUAAUACCUGCUUACCUUUCUCUUUCUUACUGACUGAUUUAAGGAUAUCUUUCUUCAUCAAGUUUACCUUCACAAGACAUUUGGCACUUGCAGGAUAGGUAAAAAGCCUUAUGUGUGGACACCCUGUGAUAAGUGACCUUUACUUCUACAUACAUGAACAAAAAUGGAUGGAAACUUCAAAUCUGCCAAGUCCAAUUGUCCAAAUGCCUGGCAAUGAGGAGUCCCUGUCGUCCUGCAUUUUUCUAUGUACAAGAAACUGCAAUCCUGUCAAGUCCGUUGUCCUAAUGCCUGAUAAAUAAGGAGGCUCUAUCAUCUUCCAUUUGUCUCUGCACAGAAAAAGCAACCACAAUUAUUGGAGUUAUACAUAGCUUAUACGCAUGGCUAGUUACUUGAUGCCGACUUCAUGAAGCAGUCAAGGAAUCGCUAGAAUUACUAUAAGGCUCGGGCCGGCCGAUAAAAGAUGGAGAACAACCAUCUAGUUUUUAAUAUUUUGGUUGAUGUAACAAGACUCCAAAGCUGACUGAGUAUGCAUUGAAACCACAAUGGCAUUCGACCUGCUUUACAAGUUGCCAUAUAAAUGAAUAAUGUUAGUACUAGAGGGAAGUUGAGCUUCUUGUUUUUCUGCAAUACUGCAACUAAUGACAGUUGCAUUUAAGGGCUUUCAACACAUAAUUACUGUUUCUUGUCAGAUGAGCAUAAUCAAAGAAGCUGGCCUGCUCCUGCGAAGGAUGAUAAUUUAAAUAAUGGAACCUAAUGCAUUGAUAAUUAUGCUUAUCAGAGAGAAGGAAAGUCAAGAUAUAUGCUUGAUGCUAGGUGGGACGAACAGAAUGCUAUUCCGACACAAAAUUCGCUCUCAUGGCGAUCUGAAGGCUUGUGUCCAAAUUAGACGGCAUGGAAUAUGUUGGUCUGACUUCCCAGGUGCUCUUGAUAAAGUUUGCUUCCUUUGAAAGAAUCCUUAACCGAUCUGAAAGAUAUAUCCAAAGCUUUCAGGAUAUUUUUUAAGCAUGUCACCAGGAGGUACCUUUCCAGCUUUCCUUGUCAAACUCUUGCUAACUCUGUUUCGUCAAUCUGUACAAGUUCUAUAUAGUACUCCCUCCGGUCCUUUUUAGUUCGCAUAUAAGAUUUGACUGAAGUCAAGCCUCGUAAAGUUUGACCAACUUUACAGAAAAAGUUGUCAACAUUCACAACCUGAAAUCAAUACCACUAGAUGUGUCAUGACUUAAAGUUUCAUAUUAUAUAACUUUAGCAUGGCAAAUGUUAAUAUUUUUUCAUAUAAAUACGGUCAAACUUUGUGAAGUUUGACUUCAAAGAAUUCUAAUGUGCAGAGUAAAAAGGACCGGAGGGAGUAGUACUUGUAAAAUUGUACAAUAGAAAAUAGCACUAGUCACACUCGGUUCUGAUGGUGUAUAAUGGACUGGUUCUGUAUUCUGAUAUGGUCAAGCCAUCAAGGUAUGACCAAAAUGCCUUUUCGUCCAAGCAAAAGUAACCAGAUCACACGUCUAUACCAUCGGGAACAUCCCUUAGAGCAGUAAUUAUAUUCUCUAGAAAACUGCGAGCAAUACUUAUCUAGGUGUGUGUGAACAAGUCUCCUUGUAAAAAAAUGUUUUGUCAUGCCUGGGAGGUCAAGUAAUCUGCAAACGUAGACUAAUUCUUCAGUUCUUCUAGGCAUGUGAUGGAGUUCAGUAUCUAAAAAUACUAAUAAAUCUGUUGCCAUGGUCAUCACUUUUCCAGUUUCCCACAAAUGUUGUCCAGAACAGAUAAAUUCUUGCUGCAGGGUAACUUUGGUGAACAGCAGCAAAUUCCUAGCUACCUUCUCCAAUACAGAUACAUUCAGAAACUUGUGCUUCAUUCAUGUGAUCAACGAAAUGAGAAUGCCUGCUCUAGUUGGCGCAGCGAUGUUGCUGCUGCUGUUGCUGCUGAGGGGCAGCAUAACACUGGCGGCAGCAGCAAGUUCCGUGAACGUCGCUUUGCCCGGCUGCAAGAGCAAAUGCGGCGAUGUGGACAUCCCCUACCCCUUCGGCACCACCCCCGGCUGCUACCGGCCUGGCUUCAUGGUCACCUGCAAUGAGACGCACAGCCCACCGAAGCUGUUCCUGGACAAUGGUGCCAGUCCCGGUCCUGGCCCUGAGGUUGUCGAGAUAUCUCUGGCGAACAGCACGGUGCGUGUCGGGAGCUGGGUUUCACACUUCGUCGCCGGCAACACGAGCCACGUGCAGCUGGCCUUCAGCCGCGGCUCCCCCUUCGUGCUGUCGGCCAAGGCGAACAGCCUCGUCAUCAUGGGGUGUGGCUUCCGUGUCCUCCUGCACAUGGUUGACGGGUGGACAUAUGGCUCCUGCGCGUCCUUCUGUCCGAUCAAUAACAGCACCAGCGAGCCGUUCUUGCCCGACGUCGUGUGCAACGGCAUCGGCUGCUGCCAGCCGUCCAUUCCGAUUGGCCUUCGGUCCUGCCGUAUCGAGCUCUCCUCGCUCGACGGUGCUGGCAGGUGCCCGACCACGCCGUCCCCGUCCCCAGCCCCGGCUCCGGCGUUCAACGCGAGCGUGCAUAUGGUGGAGCAGGAGUGGUGGAGUGACGGGUCACACGUCUAUGGUCUUCAGCAAUACUUCAUGGACCUCCUGUCUUACCCUGACAUGAGCCCGUUCUUCGUUCCUGCCAUUGCAGCCUGGGGGUUGGGCGAGUUAUCCUGCGAAGAGGCCGCCCGGAGGCCAGAUUUUGGGUGCCGCAGCAAGAACAGUGUGUGCCUCAACUCCACAAAUGGCGCCGAAGGCUAUGUCUGCCGGUGCAGUGAUGGCUACCAGGGCAAUCCAUACAUGACAAAUGGAUGCCAAGGAGGGCGAGGUCGUCUAGCAGCUGGAAUAAUUUUCUCCAUAGGAGUUGGCAGCGGCAUAAUUAUUUUGCUUCUAGUUCUUGCUGUCACCUUUGCAAUAAAAAAGGUCAAGGAUCAGAAAGCAAAAAGGAUGAAGGAAUAUUUCUUCAAGCAAAACCGUGGGUUAUUGCUCCAGCAGUUAGUAGACACAGAUAUAGCUGAAAGGAUGAUUUUCAGCUUAGAAGAGCUUGAGACAGCAACGAAUAAAUUUGAUGAAGCUCGCAUUCUCGGUGGUGGAGGGCACGGCACAGUGUACAAAGGCAUUUUAUCAGACCAACAUGUCGUUGCUAUAAAGAAGUCCAAAACCGUAAUCAAAAGAGAGAUCGACGAGUUCAUAAAUGAAGUUGCCAUCCUUUCUCAAAUCAAUCACAGGAAUGUGGUAAAGCUGUUUGGUUGCUGUCUCGAGACAGAAGUUCCAUUGCUAAUCUACGAGUUCAUUUCGAAUGGUACCCUCUAUGCCCAUCUUCAUACUGAUGGUCCUCAAUCACUAUCAUGGAAAGACAGAUUACGAAUUGCAUUUGAAGUUGCAAGUUCUUUGGCCUAUCUUCACUCGGCUGCUUUGAUAUCAAUAAUCCACAGGGACAUCAAGACAUCUAACAUACUGCUAGAUGAUCGCUUGACGGCAAAAGUGUCAGACUUUGGCGCUUCUAGAGGUAUUGCAAUCGACCAAUCAGGGGUAACAACUGCCAUCCAAGGAACUUAUGGAUAUCUGGAUCCUGAGUACUACUACACAGGCCGACUGACGGAGAAGAGCGAUGUUUACAGCUUCGGUGUCAUGCUUGUGGAACUACUUACAAGAAAAAAACCAACCGGCUACGUGCCAUCAGAAGGCGUCAGUCUAGUAGCACACUUCAUGUUGCUGUUGAACCAAGAUAGACUGAGUGAAAUACUAGAUUCACAGGUUUCCCAGGAGGCUGGGGACGAAGCCAAGGAAGUAGCGGCAAUCGCAGCAAUGUGCUUGGGGAUGAAGGGGGAAGACAGGCCGACCAUGCGGUACGUGGAAACGAAACUCCAGGGGCUGCAGAGUUUGGAGAACACCGUGAAGGCCGACCCAGAAAUGGAAGAAGUUCCGGUUAAACUACGUCACAGAACAUUUGAAAGAAGCAGAGACAAUGCUGAUAAGGAGGGUCACAGUAACAGCAGGCGAUAUAGCAUGGAGGAGGCGAUGUUGUUUUCAGCGAGCUUGCAGCGAUGAUCUUGAGGACAUUCUUCAUUAGAUUAUGUGGUCUCUCUGUGUGCUUCUGAAAUUCAUCAUAAAGUUCUGCUGUGAGAGCUGUGGUAGUUCCGCUUUAUGUAAUUAUCAAAAUAUCUCGAGUAACGGCGCAGGUAUACGCUCCGGCACGUGUGUUUAUAUCUGGUCCUCUGGAAAUACACUUGUACUUUAUGUAGUUCUUACAGCUGAAUUUACAUUUGUAUUUGUUGUGCAAUUUGUUAGAGUUAUAAUAUAAGUCAUGUACCCCUUUGUAUUUAUCCCGUUGUAUAAGGGGUUUCCUGCAUAUGUUCCACACCUGUACAUGUAUAUAUAUAUCGGCCUAUGGCUUCAUGGGAAUACAAGUUGCAUAUUCCUAACA